AUGCAGGUCCCUUUGAUUCGUCUCCAAUGCGGCUGCAACAGCUACGACUGGGGGAAGAAAGGGAAGGACUCGGCUGCAGCCAAAUAUGCUGCGGCGACUCCUUCGGACAACUUCAGCAUCCAAGAAGACAAGCCAUAUGCCGAACUAUGGAUGGGUACGCACCCUUCUCUGCCUUCCAAAGACCUCGUCACCGGCAGAUCUCUGCUCGAGCUUGUCGCCGACAACCAAGCAUUGAUGGGCACCGACAUCACCGAGAAAUACAACAAGAAGCUUCCUUUCCUCUUCAAGGUCCUGUCCAUCAACAAGGCAUUGUCCAUUCAAGCCCACCCUAACAAGAAACUCGCCGAGAAGCUCCAUGCCAAAGACCCAAAGAACUAUCCAGACGACAACCACAAGCCCGAGAUGACGCUCGCCAUCACCCCUUUCGAAGGCCUCUGUGGAUUUCGACCCCUCAACGAAAUCGCACACUUCCUCGCAACAAUUCCACCUCUGCGCGAAUUGGUCGGUGAGAGCGAGGCCAAAGGCCUUGAAGAAAUCUCCAAGUCAUCCUCGCCGUCUCUCGCCGAGGCUAAAUCCCGCCUCAAAGCCGCUUUCAGCUCGCUCAUGAAGUCUUCCAAGGCAGAAGUGGCCGAAAAAUCCCACGCGCUCCUGGACCUCGCUAAGAAAGGCUCCAUUUCCCCAGGACCCAGUGUCAACACCUCCGAAGAGCUCUGCGAACUCGUGCAGCGAUGCAACAGCCAGUUUCCCGAAGACAUUGGCCUGUUCGUGUUGUUCUUCCUCAACUACGUCAAACUCCAGCCGGGACAGGCCAUGUACCUCAAGGCGGACGACAUCCACGCCUACAUCUCCGGCGACAUCAUCGAGUGUAUGGCGAGCAGCGACAACGUGAUCCGCGCGGGCUUCACCCCGAAAUUCCAGGACGUCAACACUUUGACCGACAUUUUGACCUAUGACCACAACCCACCGGAGCAACAGCUUUUACAACCUGUUGACUACCCGUACGUCACGCUCAACGACAAGGCUUACAGCUCCAACAGCGACUCCCUGCUGUACGACCCGCCGAUCGAGGAAUUCAGCGUCGUGCGCACGGUGCUCAAGAAGCCCGGCGCCAAGGCCACAUUCGAGGGCAUUGCAGGUCCAAGCAUCGUCAUUUGCACGAGCGGCGAGGGCAAGGUCAGCGUCGGCCACAAGACAGAAGAAUUUAAGGAAGGCUGGGUGUACUUUGUAGGCGCCACCGCGGAGUUGGUCAUUGAAAGCAACGUCGACGAGAUGGUCACCUUCAGAGCCUUUUGCGAGAUCGAUGCCCAACAGAACGGGGCGCAUUGA